AUGAUUCGUAAUGUAUGUAUAUCCACAUUACAGUCUGACCGAAUCCUCUAUUCGAUGAUCAUUUCUGCAGAUGAUACACCUCAGGAAUUGCGUCAUCAAGAUGCGUUGAUGAGAAUGAGUAAUGUGGUAAAUAGUAGUGAUUCAACAAGUUCAUUGGUAACAGCAGCAGCAUCAUCAUCCGAAGAGUCACGAACACAGUCAUCCAGCACAACGUCUUCGACCAGUGCAACGUCUUCUCCAUCACCAUCACCAUCAGCAUCUACAUUCACUCAAGCGAUUGCACACCAAUCCAACAGCUCCUACGGAGAACAACAACAACAGUCUGAUUAUUGUAUAUGCAUGCUGAAUGUUUCUGAGCAGUGCAUGACAAGUAUUGGUGCUAUUGUACGCUCAGCAAAUGCACAAUUAUGGCGAAAUCAUAGAACAUCAUCGGAAUAUUUGACUGGUGCUGAUAUCUACACGAUUGUUAUUCUGUCGCUGUUUGCUUCUAUCAUUGGUCUUCUCCUCAUAAGAGCCAUUAAGCCGAAUGAAACACUCGACGACCAGGUGACAAUAUUACUCAAUUCGAUGCGUGUACGAAUUGAAAUUGAAGAUAACUUUCGACAGAAACGAAAACUGAAGGAAGCAAAAGAGAAAGCGCAAAAAUGGUUACAAGAGGCCAAACAUAGAAGCGUGAAGAAUUUGACAUUUCGCAAAGCCCACUCAACCUCUGAAUCAGAAACAAUGCGAGCAACGAAUGCGGAUUGUCAACAAACGGGUGCCAAUCGAGCACCAGCUGAGUGCUCGCUUCGCACACCUCAAGAUCGCAGCAUGCACACGGCUGCACAUCAAUCACUCCAAACACGUUUGUACCCAUACGCUCGUGCAGCAUCGCAUCUUGGUUUCGUUCCCGAAAUAAUUGUCACUCCCGAAAUUGCUAUCCAGCGACCAACUGCUAUCACUCCUGUUGCUUCUCCAGUCACAUCGUCACUUUGUUCAAGCCGUCGUCUUUCAAGGUGUGAUCAUGUACACUGA